AUGAGCGACUCUCUCUGUGACCUGUACAGCGCCCUUCCGACUUCCAGCAAUGAGUUUCGCAUUUUAUUUAUUCGCCCAAGCGAGCAGCAUGAUACACGCUUGAGGGGGCAUCUUGAACUUGCUAGCUUUGACGAGCCUCGGAGCGAUCCAUACGCAACCAUUUCGUAUGCUUGGAAUCAUCAGGAUGGCCUUGUUGAGAUGGAGCUGAACGGCCAAACGUGUCGCAUUCCGUCAGCCGUAGACAAGGCUCUACGGCGCGUCCGCGCAUUGAAUUUUCGGCGGGUUUGGGUCGAUCAGGUGUGCAUCAAUCAAAGGGAUACCAGCGAACGCAAUCAACAAGUCUCUCGAAUGAAUGACAUCUACGCUGGCGGCACUGAAUGCUUCGUCUAUCUUGGGGAAGGCACGGGCCACGAUGAAGACGUGGAUUGGCUGGUGAGAUGGGUGGCUCAGUUACGCCGGACGCAAUCAACCUGGAACCUCAAGGAAUUUUUGAAAUUGAACGAUCACAACGCCUUCCCUGGUCAACGACGACCAUGGCAACGCUGUAUUGACUACAUAUUCCAAGAGUCAUAUUUCACUCGUACCUGGGUUCUGCAGGAGAUAUUUUUCAGUACAAAGACGACAUGUCUGAUCGGUUCAAAGAGGCUAUCUUGGGGUAUCAUUGAAGCCCUGGCCAACGAAAUUCCUAUAACUGCAGGUAGCGCAUCUAACCGUGCAGCCAACGAGAAAAUUCACCGUACCCCUGAUAACUUGCCCGACCUCAAUGCCUGGAGCCGGCUAUGGCAACCGUUUCGGAGCACUUCAGCACUAGCGAAAGCCCAGGAUCUGGGUCGAUUUACAAAGUUCAUGAGUCUCCUAACAAUAUCUGAAGACCGCAGACUUCUUUCUCUUCUGCGACAUACACGCGAUCUUCGAACCACGGACCCUAGAGACAAGAUCUUUGCACUUAUCAACAUCGCAGACGAUGGCAAAAGUUUCCCAUCUCCCGAUUACGUACUUUCGGUCGAAGAUGUAUACAAUUUAUACACUCGAAUUUUCGCGGAAAGAGGCUACGCUACCAGAAUCCUGUCUAUGAGCCAUUACAAACCAGAGAACAGAUUCGGACCCAGCUGGGUGCCACUGUGGGAUAGAUCGAUACCCGACUUUAAUUUUGAGACAGACACUCGUUUUAACGCUGGAGGAAACAGAAUAUCACCAAGCCACUGCUCUAAUGGUCAUUUAGUGAUCGAAGCCUACCACCUGAACAGCAUUGACUUUCGCUCAGCAACUUUCAAAGGUGGAAAUUUUCUUCUACGAGAUCUCGCGGCAUUCAUUGAUGACUUUCUACUGAGCAGACCAUACUACCUAGAGGAGCUUUCAAUCAACACCUUACACCCUGAGAGUGAUAUUGUGGACCUUCUUUUCUGCGAUUCCUUCGACGAUAAGAAGGACAUGUUCCGCGAGCCACGCGACAUGGCUAUAUUCGGACCAGAAACGUUGGAUAGAAUGCACGGUUCUGUAAUCCAUGCAUUUAGCUCUCAUGGCGCAUUCAGCCAAUGGACCCAAAUUUCAUACUACGAAAACGUGGCUGAAUUCGCUUUCAGAGUAUUCAGCGGGAAACCGGAUGCGUAUGGGAAGUUCAAGAACCGAGUUCUGAGGAUCUCUCCCACCGAGCAGCUGGUUCAGCAAGUUGUCCGCUGCUUCCCUCGCCCUCGGUUCCUGGAAUAUCUGCGCGGAGAUUUGAUGCCAUUCUGUUUGAUAUUCGCACUGGUCCGCUCAGGAGAUCGUCAAACGCAGCGCCAGCCGUCCAUUGGUUUCGCCAGCUCGGCAUGCAGGCCAACAGACAAGAUAAUGCUUGUCAAAGGUGCAAGAGCGCCGUACAUCUUCCGUCAAGUGGGCGCCACCAGUAUCGAAACCUAG